CGUAAAAAUUGCCUCAAGAGGCACACACCAAUUGUGUUGCCACUGUACAAUUUGAAAGGUGCUUCUGGUUCUUGCCUACCUGCCAGAGCCCUUCAUGGAAUGCCUCCCCACCCCCACCCAGGCCCACUUCCCCUUCCCCCUCCCCCACUGCAGAAUGUCUUGAGCACCACAUUCUACUCAUCUGCAGUGCUCAGACCGGCAGUGAUCAUGAGCCCUGGUGCUUCCAUGUCUCCUUUCGUGGUGCUGCCUUUUCCGCCACCCACUGCUGGCCCCGCAUACUGGCCACCCGGGGAGCAGCACCUGCCGCCCCUCGUGACGCCAUCAUUUCCUCCUGGCCAGCCCGGGGUGCUGCCGGCUUUCCCUGGGACACCUUCGGUGGCAGGAGAUGCUGGUCAUGGCCCCACAGGGACUGGGGCUGGCAACAUCAUUGUCCAGGUCAGAUCAGAAGUGGGGCAAGCAGAGCCGCCCCAGACUCAGACCUUGGUCCUUACUCAGGCCCCGCUCAACUGCAGUGCUCCGGGGGCCCUCUGUGGGGGUGCUGUGUGUCCUGCACCCCAAUUCUUGACAGCCUCUGCGGUGCAGACCAUUAUGCUUGCUCCGGCUGUUGGGGGCACCCAGGCUGUCCAAGGCAGCUGGUCCCCAGGCCUUCCUCCUCAGGCCCCACCGCCAGCUGCCCAGCUGGCUUCCAUCGUCUCCCCAGUGAGUGCUGGGCCAUGGCCAAAUGGGGCUCCCAGAGAGGGUGGCCUGGCCACCUCCCGCUCCAAGGCUGCUUCGGACAACUCCGGGAACCCCAAGAGUGUGUAUGAGAACUUCCGCUGUUGGCAGCGCUUCAAGGCCCUGGCCUGGAGCCUCCUACCCCAGAGUUCCGAUGCAGAAGCUCUUUCCUGCUUCCUCAUUCCAGUGCUCCGGUCCCUGUCCCGUCUGAAUCCCACCAUGACGUUGGAGGACGGACUGAAGCGGGCCAUGCGGGAAUGGCAGCACACAAGCAACUUUGACCGGAUGAUCUUUUACGAAAUGGCAGAAAAGUUCAUGGAGUUUGAGGAGGAGGAGAUGCAGAUUCAGAAGUUGCAGUGGAUGAAGGCGGAGCAGGGCCUGCCUCCCCCAGCCCCACCGAGGCCUGAUCCUUGGGAGCCCCCAGCCCCACUGGUGGGCUCGCAGCCAGCGUGCGUUCCCAGGACGGCCAUACCCAGAGCCCAUCCUGCCGGCCCGCAACCACACAGUUCCCAGCGGCCCCGGGAGACCGAGGCACCAGAGGAGAUUCCCCCUGAGGCCGUGAGAGAGUACAUGGACAUCAUGGAUGAACUGUUGGGGUCGGCCCACUCAGCCACCAGAGAGCCAGGGGGAGAAUGGGAAGAAGACUUAAAGGAGCCACAGCAGGAUGAUGAUGGGACCUACCCGGCCCCGGGUCUCCUGAGCUACAUUGACGAGCUGUGUUCCCAGGAAGACUUUCUCACCAAGGUGGAGGCGGUCAUUCACCCCCAAUUCCUGGCAUGCUUGCUUUCCCCAGAAGAACAGCUGGAUCCUUUGUCCCUAGUUGAUGAGUUGGAGCAGGAGGAAGCACUUACACCUGCGCUGCUGGUAGAGAAACGAUUGCUGACAUUGAAGGAGGAGGAGAGUGUACAGGCACUCCUGUGCCACGGUGCACCCCGAUUGGACUCACCUCCUUCUGUGUCUGAGGCCAGUGAAGAUGCCAGGAGGCAUGACUAUGGCCCUCAGCUGGGGGUCAGUGACAUAGCCUGCCCACCAGAGGCUGACUUCAAGGACCCUCAAAGGCCCUGUCGAGCAGACGCUCACCUGUCCAGGCCCAAAGUCUUUGAUGUGUCUUCAGGUCCCAGGCGCACUGCCUCGCGACAGGGACCCAGGGAAGCCUUCAUUCCCGGAGAGACCUCUCCUGUUAUGGAGACUCACAGGCCAGCGGACUGGUCCAGUGAGGAUGAGGAAGAGCUCCCCAGCCUGUCCUUCCUGUUAGGCUCCCAGAAUAGCCUUCUGCCCUGGCAGCUACCCCAGAGUCCUGUCUCUGCUUCAGGCCUUGUCUUCCCUGGAGGUCGGGGAGCCCGGGGAGCUUCCCAGUCCCUGUCUUGUCAGAGACUAGGCCUCAGCCGAGUUGAUCCUUCAGCUGCCAAGUCUAGGAAGCAUGCUCUGGAUGGAGACCCAGCGCCUGCUGAGAAGAUGCUACUCCCAAAUGAAGACCUUGGGGUCUCUGGGAGGCCAGCUUUUGCUCUGGGGCCAGUUCGCUCCUUACAGCCUCAAAAGAGAAAGUGUGACCCUUUUGACACAGGAAAGAGAAGGGAGCUGCACUGA